AUGGACAAGAUCACGCGGGCGGCGGUGGAGUACUUUGUGGCCGCCGAGCCGCAGGACCCCAACCACCCGCUGCUCCUCCGACUCCUCAACGCCCUCGUCUUUUCUGAGAUCACCGACACCGAGGAUCCGACGACGCUGUUCCGGAGCAAUACGAACGGGAGCAAGAUGCUGUCGGCGUGUCUGCGCAUCUGCGGGACGCCCUACCUCAAGAACGCCAUCGGACCCACCAUCGCCCGCGUGUGCCGCGACACGCCCGCCGUCGAGAUCGACCCCGAGAGGGCGAGCUCUCCGGACGAGGCGGCGGCGAAUGUGACCAACCUCUACGCCCUGUGCGAGGCCUUCCUUGUCGCCAUCUUGUCCUCAGUCGACUCCUGCCCCACGUUCAUUCGUCGCAUCUUCGCGCACCUGCAGGAGGCGGCGACGUCGCGGUUCCCCGACAACAAGCAGAUCACUGUCAGCUACUCCAUCGUGGGCGGCUUCAUCUUCCUCCGCUUUUUCUGCUCCGCCAUCUUCUCGCCCUUCGGCUUUGGCGUCGCCGCUGAGCAGCCAAAGCCGGAGGCGAUGCGCGCGUUCGUGUUGGUGUCGAAGGUGCUCCAGAUGAUCGCCAACGGCCUCUCCUUCUCCGACAAGACCAGCGAAGCGUACAUGCGCGACAUGAACCCUUUCUUGGACGCCCACCAGAGCGACGUCGUCGCCUUCUUCCGCGCCGUCGCCACCGUGCCCGAGGGCGAACAGGCUGCUGCUGACGUCACCGUGUCCGAUGGCGAGAUUGUGGCGCCCGCCGCCGCACUCGCCGCGACCGACGCGCUCCACGCGGGCCUCCACAAGUACUCGGCGGCCCUGGCCACCGCCCUGGGCAGCGACGCGGACGCCGGGGCGGCCCUGGCCGCGUUCCUGGCCGCCUUCCCGCCCCCCGCCCGGCCGCCGGCCGGCGGGGCCAAGAGCGCGUCCUCGUCGCCCAGCGUGUCGCCGGUCAUCACCGAACGCGCCGAGCCCUCGCCGAUCAAGAAGAAGGGCGGCCUCGGCUUCGCAGGCGCUGCUGGCAAGCGGGCGACGACGAUUAUGAGCACGCUGCGUGGCGGGCACGACAAGCAGAAGGAGAAGGAGGAAAAGAAGGAGCGCGAGAGGGAGCGGGAGAAGGAGCUGCAUCAGCAGAAGGAGGACGAGGGCGGCGGACACAGCAGCUCGCCGCCGCACACGCCGACCCUCCUCUCCGCGCGACGCAAGGAGGAGGGUGGCACGCUGCACGACCUCAAAGCCCUCCUCGUCCAGCUGCGUGAAAUCAAAUCGGCCGUCGAGAAGGAGAUCUCGGGCGUCGAGCAGCAGAUCCUGGACAUCAUCUCUGGGCAGGUGCCGGCCGAGAGCGUCACCCUGUCGGCCUCGACCCUGGCCCUAUUGGCCGCCUCCAAGCCGCAGCCGCCGCCCGCGCCAGUCGCAAUGACGCCGGAGGCCACGUCAGCAGCCCUGUCUGAAAAGGAGCGGCGGCGGGCCGAGAAGGAACGGGAGCGGCGGGAGAAGGAGGAGCGCGAGAGGGAGAAGCGGGAGAAGCGGGAGCGGGAGAAGGAGGAGAAGAAGGAGGAGCGCCGAUCGCGCCGGCUCUCGAUGGACGCCCAGUCGGCCAACGUGCUCAAGCGGCGCACGGUCAACCUCAACUCAGACGAGUUCUCCAAGGACUUUGCCAAAUUCACCGAAGCCUUUGGAGGUGCGAUGAAGUUUAAUGGAAGUCGGUCGAGCGGCAGCCGAGCGAGCGGAGGCGUCUCGCGGACAGGCAGCCGGAGCGGUAGCGGCAGCGGCAACGACAUCGCCCGCCCCAACGCCCUGGCCGCGAGCGACGCUGCCGGCAGCGCCGACCCGCUCGACACUCUCGCCGCCGCCGAGCCUUCGCCGCUCAAGUCGGUCAGCGCGCCGGUCCUCGAGCCGCCGCAGCCGCAGCAGCCCCAGGCCACGCCGCCGACCGAGCAGGACGCGCUCAGUUUCUACGCCGGCGGCGCCGAGAAGCGCGGCAGUCCGCUGGGCCACCGGGCGUCGCUGGCCGUGUCGGGCUUCGGCGCCGAGAAGCGCCUGGUCUCCCCCGGCGGGCUCGACAGGGUAAGGAAGGCGCGCGCCGUACUCGAGCAUUUCCUCGCGUUCGUGCUUGUCCCUCUGCAUGUCGGCAAAGAUGUUGAUGUUCCCGAGCAGUCGGUUGACGUGCUCCUCCCGCUGCUUCUCUUCGUCGUCUUCGUCGACGUCAGUGAUCUCCACGCCCUCGCCCUCCGCCUUCGCCUUCUCUGCGGCCUGCUGGGCCUGGCCCUUAUUGACCACCGGUGCCGUCGUUGA